CAAAGAGAGAAAACCACCACCCAAGUUCUGUUUUUGUCAGUCUCGAUUUUCACUACCGUCUACGUAGAUAGGCUCAAAAUUAAAUCAAAGCUAGGGAAAACAAGUUAAAUUUACAAAACAUGUUAAAAAACAGAUGAACAAAAAUUUGCAAAUUAAAUACAUUUUGCAUGUAAUGUAAGAAGUAUUAGUGCUACGUUACUAUAAUAGACGUGCAGGGCAGGUAGCUUACAUACAUAUGCACGUACGAAUACAGGAUUGCAGGUGUGUGGUGUACGGGAAGCUCGUGCAAGGUCACUCAAAUUGAAGCUGUGCAACGCUCUAAUAGGUCAAGUGUGACGUGUUUAGUUAUAUCUUGCCAAAGAUUUGACACAAUUGGGGUACUCUUUAAAGGGCUAUCACAAUUACAAAAUAAUUAAAAAGCCUGUCAUGUCAUGGGAGAGCAUUGCGUCCAAGGAUCUGCUUAGCAUUCCUCAAAGCCAAAAUCUAUCUGCAACUCACUUACUAGCGUCACCUGAUGGAUCGCGAUACUUGUUAGGAAACUCAAAUGAUUUAUGUCAGUUAGAUGAGAGCUAUUCGAGAGUUGCGGGCUAUGGCUCAAGCCCUGAUGCAGGUUCGCGUUCUCUCUGGACUGGCCAAGGAUUAUUACGUUCUGGUUCUGUAAUCAGCUGUUUUUUGGCUUGCCAACGAAGCCUUCGACAGUACAUUGCAAAACGAAAGAUUGAGCGCGGUCUUCGGCUUUAUGAGCAAAACAAUCAAACAGCUGCAGUACGCACCUGGCGUAGUGCAUUAAAAGGCACGUGUCGUCGCGAGGAUUGCUUCCAGCUAUUGGGUUAUUUGUAUCAGGCACAUAUGGAUUGGGGAAAGUUUCGUGAAGCUAUUGAGUUCGGUCAUCAACAGCUUGGCAUAUCAGAGGAACUCGACUCUCCAAACAUGCGUGCAGAGACGUAUCUAAACCUCAGUCGAGCACAUGCUAGUCUAGGUGGUCUCGAGCGAGCUUUGAGUUACGCUCGUCACUCGCUCUAUAACGAGUGCGGAACAAAAUGCCGCAGUGGACUGGUCCAUUUGACAGUGGCACGAGUUUACCUUGAAAUGGGCGGAUUUUCUAGAGCAUUGGAGGGCCUGCAGGGGGCUCAUAAGAUAGCUAUAGCCAUUGGCGAUCCUUCGUUGGAGUUGCAAGUAUACGUGGCACUCUCCGAACUUUUCGGCCGACUACAGGAUAAUAAUAAAAGUGCCACCUACGCAUCCAAAGCAUACGAUUUGUCGCGAUCCCUACAACUGGGGGACCUGAAUUCCUGUCAUCAUAGAGCCGCUUUGCUGCGCAUGGCAGCCUCCUUGCGAAAGCAGGGCGAGCUGGGGGAUGCGCAGGACUACUGUAAGGAGGCAACUAAACUGUCGCUUAUUUCCGGAGAUCAGGCCACAUACACAAGAAGUGUCCGUGUUAUGGGGGAUAUAUACCGAAAGAAAAUGGAUAUUGAUCGGGCGUUCCGACAAUAUGAGCAAGCAAUGGGUACAUCAGCAAGUUUAGGGGAUCGCAUGGCUCAAAUGGAGGCGAUGGACGGGGCUGCCCGGUGCCUGGAAACUUUACGUCUUCAGAACAAGAUUUGCAACUGCAGGCCUUUGGAAUUUAACACACGUCUACUUGAGGUUGCCAGCUCUAUUGGUGCCAAACUUCUGGUGCGCAAGAUUCGUUGUCGACUAGCUUUAAUAUACCGCGCGUUGGGCGACGAGGAUCAAUAUAACACUCACUUCCGCCUGGCAAAUCAGACAGAUGCUGCAUUAGGCCUAAAUUGUGGUGCUUGUGGGGAAUUAUUCGGCUUACAGCCGGGCAAUCUAGAAGCCCUACCCUGUGCACACAUUCUCCAUGCGAGAUGCGCACACGAAAUAAUGCGACGGCGAGACAAAAACGGACCAGCACGAUCAUGCCCGGCCUGCAACAAGUUGUUGAAUUCUCGCUUGCAUCUUUGCGGUGGUGGGCCUGUAGCGGGCGAGAAUGAAAGCACUGAUGGAGGCAGCGCCAUUACGGUCACAUUGAAUGCUAAUGCUCUUUCUGUCGAUGGGCUCUUGGCGAUGAAAUCUGAAGCUCUGUCAGCACAGUCGCGUUCAGUUAAUGAGUCUUCUGUAUUUUGCAAUAUCAACAAAACGAUGCCAGCUAUUCAAAAUACGACGCUGUUGUCCCCGAAGGCUUUGUAUCACAGCAAUCUCUCACUGGCGUCCUUGCGCGCAUCCAGCUUGACCAUCGAUAGCGAAAGAAACGCCACAUCGUCUGUCUAAUUGACCCCCUUGCAUAUUUAAGAAGAGGUGGAAAAUCUGCUCUUGCAAACGGCAGUGGUACGAGUAUUU